UUGCUACUUCGGCAUUUGCAGCAGGAGCAAGUGAAGAACCUGAGGUGUGUCUGUGUGUGAUUGUGAGAGAGAGCUCUGCGCUGCAAAUUCUCGCACAAUGCGCACUCUACUGCGAUCGCCCUGCAUCUCUCUCUCGUCCCUCGCACCACACCGCGUCGCCCGAUCGCUAUCGCUCUCCUCGUCCAACUCUCGUCUCUUCCCGUGCCCUGUGCCGUCUGCUGCGGCUAUUUCGGGCAUUGGGGUUAUAGGGGGCGCUCGGAGGCUUGGUUUCGUUCAGUUUCGGGGCCAGGGGCUGUCCCGGUGCUUCGCCGCCAUGGCUCUGGAGAAAAUCAAGGUGGAGAAUCCCAUUGUGGAGAUGGACGGUGAUGAAAUGACAAGAAUAAUUUGGCAAAUGAUCAAGGAAAAGCUCAUCCUUCCAUACGUGGACGUGGAAUUGAAAUACUACGAUCUGGGAAUACUAAAUAGAGAUGCAACUAAUGACAGGGUGACGCAUGAGAGUGCUGAAGCUACGCUCAAAUAUAACGUUGCUGUCAAGUGUGCAACCAUAACUCCUGAUGAAGGUCGUGUGAAGGAAUUUGGGCUUAAGCAGAUGUGGAGGAGUCCAAAUGGGACCAUCAGGAAUGUUCUCGAUGGCACUGUGUUUCGCGAGCCUAUUUUAUGCAAGAACAUUCCCCGUCUUGUUCCUGGCUGGACAAAACCUAUCUGCAUUGGCAGGCAUGCUUACGGUGAUCAGUACAAGGCAACAGACGCCGUAUUCAAAGGACCGGGCAAGCUCAAGAUGGUUUUUGAACCAGAUAAUGGUGGAGAACCUAUAGACUUGGAUGUUUACCACUAUAAUGGGGCUGGAGGAGUUGCACUUUGUAUGUACAACACUGAUGAGUCCAUUCGAGGAUUCGCAAAGGCAUCUUUCACCAUGGCAAUGCAAAAGAAAUGGCCAUUGUACCUGAGCACAAAGAACACCAUCUUAAAGAAAUAUGAUGGAAGGUUCAAGGACAUCUUUCAGGAAGUAUUUGUAAACGAGGGAUGGGAGGCUAAGUUCAAAGAUGCCGGAAUCUGGUAUGAGCACCGUCUUAUAGAUGAUAUGGUUGCAUAUGCCCUUAAGAGCGAAGGUGAAUAUGUAUGGGCCUGUAAAAACUACGACGGAGAUGUUCAAAGUGAUAUGCUUGCUCAAGGUUUUGGAUCGCUUGGCCUUAUGACUUCUGUAUUGAUCUGUCCAGAUGGGAAAACUAUUGAAGCAGAAGCUGCUCAUGGGACUGUGACCAGGCACUUCAGGGUGCACCAGAAAGGAGGUGAAACCAGUACCAACAGUAUCGCUUCUAUUUUUGCUUGGACUCGCGGUCUUGGUCACAGAGCGCUCUUGGACGGCAAUGCGAAGCUUCAAGAAUUUGCUCAAAGCCUGGAGGCAGCUUGCAUUGCGACGGUUGAGUCUGGAAAGAUGACGAAGGAUCUCGCUCUCCUUAGCCAUGGCCCCAAUGUGAGCAGGAAUAAUUAUCUCAACACUGAAGAGUUCAUCGAUGCUGUUGCAGACGAGCUAAUAUCCAGGUUGUCACCGAAAUCGAAGUUGUAGUGAGUUAUUCUCUGUGUCUAUUCUUGUUUGUAACAGCAGAACCUGCUUUGCAUUGCACCUCCUUUGUGACUUCCACUCCAAUGUGAAAAUAGAAAAAAUUGUGAACUCUAUAAACAACAACACACAAAUCUUUGCUAAAUGGUGGUUCAGCACACACUAAUAUGUUUUAGAGUUCAUUUUGCAUGCUUAAAUUAUAAAAUAUAAGUGUUGCACCAA